AUGCUUUAAAUACCGAAGAAAUCAAUAGCUUAUGAGAAGAUUUUAGCAGAUUUCUAUUAAUAAUUUAUAUCAUAGGAAAUAGCUAGUUAAAGACCUUAAAUUGAAUUUCUUCAUUUUCUUUGUAGUUCUUUCAUGAUGGAAAAACUUCUUAAAAUUUAGGAGGAAAGUAUUAAAAAUAAAGAGGAAGAAUUUGGUGCUAGGAUGGAAUUAAAUAAAUUUAUUUAAUACAUGGUAAAUUAGAAUGCAGCAUAUUUAAAUGAUAGUAUUCGUGAUGAAUUAUUAACAUUAUCUAAGAAUCGAUAUGAUGAAUAAUAUUUAAUAGGAUAUAGUCAAUAUUACAAAUAUUGUUCAAUGAUUACUACAUCAAUUACAUUUGAGAAAAUAAAUUACAUUUAGGAAUAUUUAAUUCAUUAAAAUCAGAUGUUUUAAGAAUUCAAACAUAAACUUAAGUUUAAUUAAUAUUCAAAUAGUGAUACAUUUAGUACUUCAAGAUAUCUAACAUUAAGUGGUUUGAGUUAAUUUAAUAAAGGUGCAGAUGGUAAAUUAAUUAGUUAGAAAGAUGAUAAACAUAGAGAUUUGAAAUUGAUAGAAGAUUAUAUGUAAACAAAGGAAAAGUAUUUUAAUACUUUUAUUGAAGAUGAUUGGUUAAGAAUAAUUGUUUAAAUAGAGAAAUGUUAAAAAUGUCAUUUAGAUCCUUUGAGUCAAUAAGAUUUCACUAAAAUAUAGUAAUUAAUUGAAUAAAAAUAAUUACCAUAUUAAAUAGCGAAUUAAAUGAAAUAAGAAAUGAUGAAAAAAUUACAAUAGAGGAGAUAAUAAUAAUAAUAAUAGUAAGAAAAUGAUGAGAAGUCUUUUAAAUAUUCUCAAUUAAUUUAAUAUAAGUUAUCACAUGAUACAAAAUUAAUAGAAUGUUUAUUAAAUCAACAAAAGAAUUUGCUUGGACUAAAGUUAUAAGAUCUUCCAAAUGUGAUAUCAUAUAUUUAAAUAAGUAAAUUUUGUAAUAUAGUAUGUUGUGGAUGUUAUGAUGGUAAUAUAUUAAUAUAUGAUAUGAAUGAAUUGAAAUAAAAUAGAUAAAAUAGAUUACUUUGUAAUCCAAGUUUUGAAAUGCAUAUUCAUGAAGGUCCAGUAACAGCAAUAAGUAUUCUUUAUGAUGAAAGUUAUAUCUUAUCAGUUUCAGUAGAUUUAACUAUAAAAUUUUCAUGCUUAAAAUCUAGAUAACCUUUAGUUGUAUAUAAAGGUCAUUUAUAAACAAUUUGGCAUUUAGCAUUUGCUCCGAUGGGUUAUUGGUUCGCAAGUGCUUCAUCAGAUGGAACUGCUUUAUUAUGGGCUACUGAUUAAAAUUAAUGUAUUAGAAUAUUUGGACCUGUAAUGAACUAAGUGAAAUUAGUAGAAUUUGUUCCUUCAGUUGAAUAUGUCGUAACUGCAGAAGAAAACAGAAUAUUAAGAAUUUGGUCUAUUGAUAAAGCUGAAUGUAUGUAUUUAUAGAUUAUGGAUGGGAAUAUUACUUGUAUGAAUAUUUCAUUUACUGGAUAAUUCUUAACCAUUGGAUGUGAUUCUGGAUCAGUUGUAUUAUUCUAUUUACCAAUCAUUAAACUAUUAAAAGAUAAAAUAUAUUUAUAAAGAAGUGAUUUUCAUAGUCCUAAUGGUAGAGAUUAUAUCAGAUCAGUUUCUAUUAGUCUUGAUGAAACUACAUUAAUGUGUUGUAAUUCAAAUAGAAUUGGAUUCUUCAAUAUAUCUGAUCUUAUGAAGAAAACUAGUGAAGAUGUAUUUAAAGGUUUAGAAUAAAGUAUUAAAUCUAUUGAAUAUGAGAAAAAUAAUUGGAGCAGAAAUGCUGUCCCUAUUGAAUUAUUGGAAUUACCGGAUUACAUUCAUUUAGCAUAAUAUGUUUGCAAUGGUUUUGCUUUAUACAUCUGUAAAUGA